UGGUUACGUCACGAUGUAAUUGAGGUAGCACACCGGCGAAGUGUAAUAGUAUAGCUUAGGUCACUCUGACCUCCUCUUUUGUACCUAAAAAAAAUUAUGGUACGUAGGUAAAAAAAUGGGAAAAAAAUUGUACAGAUUAAAUAAAUUAAUUUAUCUUUGAAAUAAAUACUAUUACAAGUCACAAAACAGAUCAUAACGAACGUGAAAGCUGAUGAAACUGACACUGCUGCAAUUCCCCAUAAAUCCUUUGUUCAAAAAGUUUUUUCUAAAACCAAAAACCAUUCUCUGGGUUUUAUUCUGUUCUUUCUGCUGGAAUCAAAGUUUUCGAUUUCUGCAAAAAAAAAAGGCUCUGUUUCUUCCAAGUUGGAAACUUGGAUUUGAUCAUCAGAACUAAGCGGGCAUUACCAUUAAUUUGAUUAUUAAAUUGUGAAUUCGAGUUCUGUGUAUGCGUAUAUUGCUCGGACAUGGAUAGAAGGGAGAGUGCAUGUCUUAAAGUAGAUCACAGAGGUGUACACCCUACCAUUGCUGCAGUUUUGGCCUCUGCAUUUCUUGAAUGGUUUUUGAUCUUCCUGCUGUUUAUUGAUGCUAGUUUCUCGUACAUAGUCACCAAAUUCGCUCGUAGUUGUAAACUGCAAAUCCCAUGUCUUAUGUGCUCAAGACUUGAUCAUGUAUUGGGAAAAGAAAAAGAAGGCUUCUAUUGGGAUUUGAUCUGCAAUGGGCAUAAACUAAAGAUAUCUUCUUUAGUUCUUUGUAGACACCAUAACAAACUUGUUGACGUUCACGAAAUUUGUGAAAAUUGCCUUUUCUCCUUUGCCACUGUGAAUAAGUCAAAUUCUGAAACGUACAGACUGCUAGUAGGGAAAUUAGGAGAUGGAACUCAUCAGGAGCUUGAUCAUGAUCAUUCGCUUGCUGAUCAUGACAUUAAUGCGACUGAUGGAAGAAAGUGUUCUUGUUGCAAUGAGCAUUGGAUUCCUAGAGGUCACAUGAGCCUGCUGUUUCCAACACAAUCAAUUGGUGACGAGUCAGGUGGUUUUGGUUCACCUCUAUCGGCAACUAAGCAACAUGACGUAAAUGAUCCCGACGAGAUCCACGAUGUUCUGUACCAGCAAACUAGAAUUUUCCAAACGGAGAAGAGGAGCAUUGACCCGUUGCCACAUGUUGGGUAUGAGAAGGUCAGGAUGAAUUCUGAUUCAGAAUCGGAAGCUGUUCAAUCUGAUGAUGAUUUUCCAACCGCACGUUCUACGACUGAUCAACGAAAAGAGAUCUUCGAUACUAAACAUGAAGAAAAUGAUUCACAUAUUGAUGAUGUUGAUCCAGAAAAAACUAUAUAUCCAGCUUCUUCAAUCAUAGAGUUAGAACCACUGCCGGAUCCCACUAGUGUGCUUUGUGCACCUGCAGUGCCAGGGUUAAGAGAGCUCAAACAGGAGCAUGUUCCACUCAAAACAGAUCUUUCUGCAACAUCUGAUCUGAUAUCUUUUGAUGAUGUUCUUCAAUCUUCCGAUGCAUUUCCAUCUCCAGUUAAUGAUUCUCAAGAGAAGGAGUCGGAGAAAAUGGGUAACACGCCUAGUGAAAUGACUGCAGCAACUAACUCCACAAUAUUAAAUGAAAAGCAAUCUGAUUUAAAAUCAGAUACAUUUGACUCUGGUCCACAGAUUGUCAGUACUUUGGAACUUGGUGAUGCAUAUAAGCUUGCUGUUAGGGGACGACAAUUUUCAGGAAAGCUUUUGGAACAGAGAUCAUUCAAGGACUCAUCAAGAAUGAGUGAAGACUUGAAGCUCUUGCUAUCACAACUAUCUGCUGCUCGCGGGAUUGAACCUUUUUAUGAUAUAAGCCCCAGGAUUUCAGGAAAUAUUGACGAUUUCAGAACUGAUGAUUCUAAUUCUGUUGGGAUACAGAUGCUGCAGAAGAGGAUCUCUCUGGAGAGGAAUGAGUCUAAUAUAUCACUGGAUGGUAGUAUUGUGAGUGAGAUUGAAGGUGAAAGUGAAGUGGAUAGGUUAAAACGGCAAGUUGAGCAUGACAAGAAAUUAAUGAAUGCUUUGUAUAAAGAGCUAGAGGAAGAAAGAAAUGCUUCUGCAAUUGCAGCAAAUCAAGCAAUGGCCAUGAUUACUCGAUUGCAGGAGGAGAAGGCUGCACUCCAAAUGGAAGCCCUGCAAUUCAUUAGAAUGAUGGAAGAGCAAGCUGAAUAUGAUGGUGAAGAUUUGCAGAAGGCAAAUGACCUGCUUGCUGAUAAAGAACGGGAAAUUCAAGAGCUAGAAGUGGAGCUUGAAGCCUACAAGCAAAGAAUACACGAUUUGACCCAAAUAACAGAAGCAAACACUGUAUCUAAUAGACAGAUAAAGCUAGCGCCAAAAGAUAAAAGUUCUAUAACAGAUCGAAAUGAUGGUGAUAUGUCAGAUAGCUGCAGCAAAAUUCACGAGGCAGAGAAAUGUAAGCACAAGAACACAAAUAUGAACAGUUCACUGCCAGAUCGCAAACAUGAAUCAUAUUUUAUUCUCCAGUCAUUAAGAAAAUUGGAGAAAAAGCUCCAACUCUUUUUAAGCAAUGAUGGGGCUUCACUCAUAUCAAAUGGCGAAAACCUCUGCACUGAGGAAAAGCUUGAAACAAUACACUGCGAGCUGACUGCUGGUGAUGCUUCUCUAAGAAGUGAUGAAAUUGAGAAGCUCGCUUUGGUUGAGCAUUCUGUAGCGCAGGAAAGAAGAGAUUGCGCUCAAGGUGAGACGGCUACCCAAUAUGAGGACAAUCUACCAUCAUGCGCAGGGAGUAUUGAACUUCAACUUGACAGAAUUAUGUGCCAGGAUGAUGAAUCGGAGUUGAAAAAAGAGUUUCUUGUGUUGACUGGAAGGUUGGAAGCACUUGAAGCAGAAUUCAGAUUUCUUGAGAACUCAAUAAAAUCACUCGGUAAAGGAGAUGAGGGACUUAAAUUUAUUCAAGACAUAGCUUCUCAAGUGCGAGAACUACAUGCAAUUAGUUUCAAAAGUAGUAACUAAGAAGUCCUGUGUUAUUCCUGCAUGAGGUAAUUGCUCUAUUUCAUCUCUCGAGACCUGUUUCUUCCUUUGUAUGCUGCUAAAAGCACCACUUCACUUGUUAAUAGUUACUUAAAUCCUACCAUCGAAGUUAAACUAUGUGUCUCAAAAUGCAAAGUCAAAUUGAACGUUAGAUCCACUAAUAAUCAGGUACUCAUGUACUGUUUGUAUGUAUGACACUCUUAUGCCCAAAAUAUCUCUGGCGAAUCAGCAAUUCUUCAGAUCUUUGAAUGUUUUGAGCAUGAUACUUCACUUCUAUUUGCAUCGAUAAGUGUUCUAGCCUGAUCCUUGUGCUUAGUUACGGUUUUUGAAGUCAAAUACAUAUUACUUGCAUUUUGGGAGUCAGUUUUGGAGUUAUAAAUAUGACUAGAUUUUAGGCCUCUUUAGUAUAUUCUCUAUUUUCUUUUGCUAGUCACUGAACCGAGUAUAGGUGGUUUAGUUUUCGGUUUCUGAGUCAAAAGACGCUGUUAAACAGAUCGUUAUCUUUAGGAAUGAAAUUAAACUGGUUUCCAUAUUUAUCUUUUGUCUCUGGUUUUUCUGGGUUUUCUGAAAAUAGGUCUAGCAUCAUUCUAUUUCUCGAAUGAAAUCCCAGCUCUUUGCUUUAUGAGGGGGUCCUGUCACCUGUGAGCGCAUAAAAUCAUAAAUGGGCAUAAUUUUCCAAGAUACCGUUGUUCUUAUCUUUCCUUUCUAUUGUCUUACAGAAUCCACAUGUGUUGACAGGAAAGCAAACGUCCAGGUCUGGUUAUGUCUUGUUUCCAGUAUUCAGGAGAAAGAUAAAGUUUGAAGAACUUAUUAAAGUUCAUUUUUGUAAAGCAGAGUAAAAAAUCAAAUUGUUAUCACUACUUGGGUUCCUAGGAAUCUAGCUUGACAAUAGAAUUAUAUUUCCUUAAAAAGCAUUGUACAAAUUUUGAUAUGGAGUCUAAUUUCUUUAAAUCAUCCUCCUCGGUCCUCACUGUGACAUCCUUCUCCUUUCUGUAAGGUUGUUUCUGCUAUUAUCACCUAGUUAGCUGGGGUCGAUGAAUGAACAAGAGAUUUCCUGCAGUUGUUUUCACUUGCCAACUGUACAUUUAUAGAAGUGACAUAACAUCUAUGUAUUUACUCCUGCCUUUCUUGGUUCACUUUAGUUCCAGUUUGUUGGAUGCCAUGACAAGGACCACAUGGAUACUACCCAUGAGGUAUCCUUUGCACCUAGAACCACGCUGGAUAGUGGUUUUGCUUCACUUCUUAGCCCUUGAAUUAAGACCUAAGUGUCUGGUUGUGGGAUUCUCUUUCAUGGCUGUCCAUCAUAGUUUUUAGUGCCACUGCUGCUAUAAUAAACCACUAAUUGAGCCCUGUCAUUGCUAUAGUUAAGUGAUAAGCUGGUAUUUUAUGAUUUCUUGCAUACUUUUUGGUUAAUGUGGAAUCACGUAGUGAAUGACUGGUAAAAUAUCCUCCGUAUAGGUAGGUCGUGGUUGCGAUACGUGGGUCAUGAUGGUUAUAUCAUUAUGCAACAAAAAGUAGAAACAGACCAUUUGAAGCAAAAAAAGCGUGCCUUAUAGUGGCAUUGAAUCUGGUGGUUCUCCCUUGUGUUAUGUUGUGUUGAACUUAAUUCUUUUAUCUCUUUGUCCUGAAUGAUUAAAUAAUUAGUGAUGAAUAGCCGAUCCCACUCUGACUCUUUACACUCUCUCCUUUUUCAUUCUUUGCUUUUCCUUAUAUGUUUCUUAUUUUGCGCCAUGUUUCUGUUUCAGAUGCCCAUUUGCGAGAGAGAUGUGUCUUUCAAAGAGAGGUGUAAUGCCUUGUGUAUCAGAUACACUGACCCUUGAUCCACGGUGAGCCAGGAUAUUAAUUAGGUACUAUCUGAUUGUGGAGUUGCUGGGUGCGCUGUACAGUAUGAUUAGCCUUUUUUUCGGCAUAAAGCAAGUAAAAUAUUUAUUAUUGUUUUUAGGUGUGUAUUCUCUUGCCUGCUCUCCAUCUUUCCCUCAUUCAACUUUCCACAUUGACUUCCGACUGAGUGCUUGGGAAAUAUUACUAGGAGCUUUAGUUCCAUUUUGAGAGAUUUUUAUUCACCUUCUACGAGAUGAGAUUAAUUUCUUUGCGGAGGGUUCUAUUUUUCUGUUUUUUUUUUUUUUAUAAAUUUUGUUGUCCAAUUUUUUUUGGUGUGUAGAGGAACUGAGGAUGAUAAUUUAUAUGCAAAGUGAGCUUAUAUCGUGAUUAAUGUGUAUUUUCUUUUCCAUAUCUAUCACUCAAUUUGACUACCUAUACAAUAUAUAUACCUACUAACUACCAUUCUGUAUUUACAAAUAUACCCUGAUCUAAGUAAUUACAUAAUUCUAUGUACAAG